AUGAAAACACACACACUUGCGUCCAAAAUUAUUAAUAAAACAAAUGAAUGUCUUCCACAAAUCACUUCGGUAGGAACUUCCUUUUGCGAAUGGCGAGUCGUGGAAUCGAACAGAAACAACAAUAAAAGGCAGCUGCCGCAUCUUAUAGUCACCCAUGGCUAUGUGGGCUCGGUGUUUGCCGUCUCCCGUCAUGCUUCUUAUUAUAGUGACGCUAGAAGUGUGGGUGUCGGCCCCGGAGAUGCUAGCCCCUACCCUCUAAACCCCUACGGCUCCAUAUGCUCGCUCUGGACCGGUCAGCAGGGUAGCAGUAUUUCAAUAUCCGUGAUUAUUGCGACUCCUAAGCGAUGUUCCUUAAUGAAGUGA